UUUGUUCACCAUUUCUCUCGGAAACAAACACUAAUUCCCCCUCUUGGUUCAAAGAGAAAAAUAAAACAAUUUGGUUUCAAUUACUAAAUUAUGGGUUCUUUAAUAGGACAUGUAGUACCAGGAUUUGCCUUCUUGUUACUUGGCUUGUGGCAUCUUUUUAACCACAUCAAGCUCCAUUCCCUCCACCCCAAAUCCUACAAAUCAACCACAUGGUUUCCCUCUCCAAAAAUAAAAUACCUAGAGCUCUUCUUCAUCAUGCUAGGAAGCUCAAUCUCCAUUGCCAUGGAACUCGUCAUAGGUCCAAGAAAACACCAUCCCUUCGACUCCGAUGGAACCAUUCCUUCAAACCAUCUUCACAACUUUGAACAUGCAACAAUAUCACUCACUUUCUUCACCUAUGCAGCUUUCACCAUUCUUCUAGACAGAAAUUGCUGCAAAUCUCAACAUGCCCUAGCACAUUUCCUUGGAGCCAUCGCCUUCACCGAAGAAUUUCUUCUAUUUCAUCUUCAUUCAACCGAUCACAUGGGCCUUGAAGGCCAUUACCAUUUUCUUUUACAACUCAUCAUCCUUGUUUCUUUAACCACAACCAUAUUGGGAAUUUGCCUCCCCAAAAGCUUCAUGGUGAGUUUUGUUAGGUCAGCUAGUAUCUUUUUCCAAGGAGUUUGGCUUAUUAUGAUUGGCUUGAUGCUUUGGAAUCCUAAAUACAUACCAAAAGGCUGCUUUUUACACUAUGAGGAAGGUCACCAAGUCGUUAGAUGCCACAAAGAGGAGGCUUUACACAGAGCUAAGUCGCUUGUAAACAUUGAAUUCAGCUGGGUUUUAGUUGGAAUCACAAUUUUUUUAGUCUUUUUAUACGUAGUUUUAGAAAAACAUUAUGGUGAACAGGUUGAAUACGGAAAAGUGAGUGGAAAAGAUGAAUAUUCUGAUGAUUAAUACGAGCCACAAGAGGAAGCAAAAGCUGGUAUUACAAAGAGUUUUAUUGGUUUUGCAUCAAUUGACAUUGAAAGAUAGAGAAUUGGUGAAAUCCCAUAUGCCACUUUAUUUUAUUUUUAUUAUUUUUUUAUAUUGAUAGCUUUUGGUUGCAUUACUCUUUUAGUAUUCAGUAUCUGUAUUGUAUUUGUUUGAUUU